AAGCAUUUUUUUUUACAGUUAUUAUUAAUCAAGGGGGGCAAUGAACACAAAAAGGUUAUUUUCCCAACUAUGUUCUUUGUCUAGAACAAGAGUUAUUUAUAAUAAUCAUGCUAUAAAGAGAAAUAUUCCAAACCAGCGCUUAUUCAACAGCAGUUCUACAUGGCGCUUCGAUAAGAAAUGUUGGCAAUGUCAAUCUACUAACCGACCUUCAGCAUUAUUUUGCGAGAACAAAGUGUGUAGUGUCAUUCAACCCAUUCCACCCCAAUUGAACUUUUUCCAUUUACUUCAAGCCGGCAAAGGCGAUAACAAAGAUAAGCCAACAUUUAAUAUCGACUUGAAAGCAUUGAAACGACAAUUUUUGCUACUUCAACAAAAGGCACAUCCUGAUAGUUUUUCACAGGCACCCAAGCGUCAACUUGAUUAUGCACAAUUACAAUCAUCUGUUAUUAACAAGGCUUAUAACACACUGAAAAAUCCAUUAAGCCGUGCGCAGUAUAUACUUGAACAGAAUGGACACCAAGUGAAUGAAGGUGACUCAUUAAGCGAUCCAGAACUGUUAAUGGAAGUAAUGGAAUUUAGAGAGGAGCUUGAAGAGAUUACAACAGAAAAAGAUUUAGUCCCAUUAAAACAAAGAAACGAUGAAAAAUUUCAAGAAGUGGUGGAUAAAUUGACAGAUGCUUUUGAUAAAGAAGACUAUAAAUUAGCUAAAGACUUGGCUAUAGAACUCCAGUAUUUGACUAGUAUCAAAAACGCAAUUCAUGAAUGGCAUCAAUAACUUAUUUUGCGCGUGCGUCUUUGUUGUUGUUGAUAAACUAUCCAUAAAGAAUAAAAAAAAAUCAUUGUUAUUUUUGAACAAUGCAUUUCGUGCCAACGCAUAACUCACAUAAAGAAAAUAAUAAUCCAUCUGUGAAAC